CUGGCAGCUCAGGUCCUGGAGCCCAGGAGCAUCGGCUUCGGGAUGGUGGACUCCAAGAAGGAUGCCAAACUUGCUAAAAAGCUAGGCUUGGUUGAAGAGGGAAGUCUCUAUGUCUUUAAGGAAGAGCGGUUGAUUGAAUUUGAUGGGGAACUGGCCACAGAUGUCUUGGUGGAAUUCCUCUUGGAUCUGCUAGAAGACCCCGUGGAGAUCAUAAACAGCAAGCUAGAACUUCAGGCAUUUGACCAAAUUGACGAGGAAAUCAAACUCAUCGGCUACUUCAAGGGAGAAGACUCUGAACAUUACAAGGCAUUUGAAGAAGCCGCCGAACACUUUCAGCCAUACAUCAAGUUCUUUGCCACCUUCGACAAAGGGGUUGCCAAGAAGCUAGGUCUGAAGAUGAACGAGGUGGACUUCUAUGAACCAUUUAUGGAUGAGCCUGUUCACAUCCCUGAUAAGCCUUACACAGAAGAGGAGCUGGUUGAAUUUGUGAAGGAGCACAAAAGGGCCACUUUGAGGAAACUGCGCCCAGAGGACAUGUUUGAGACGUGGGAGGAUGACAUGGAAGGAAUCCACAUCGUGGCCUUUGCUGAAGAAGAUGACCCAGAUGGUUUUGAGUUCCUGGAAAUCCUGAAGCAGGUUGCCAGGGACAACACCGAUAAUCCCGACCUCAGCAUUGUCUGGAUUGACCCCGACGACUUUCCUCUGCUGAUCACUUACUGGGAGAAGACCUUCAAGAUUGACCUGUUCAGACCACAGAUCGGGGUGGUGAACGUCACAGACGCUGACAGCAUCUGGAUGGAGAUCAGAGAUGAUGAUGACCUGCCCACAGCCGAGGAGCUGGAAGACUGGAUAGAGGACGUGCUUUCUGGGAAGAUAAAUACUGAAGAUGAUGACGACGAUGAUGACGAUGACGACGAUGAUGAUGAUGAUGACGAUGACGACGAUGACGAUGAUGAUGAUGAUGACGAUGACGACGACUAACUGUGACUCUGUGCAGUUUGACUUAUGGGGGCCGAGAGGCCUCCCCCUGCGGCAGGUUCUUCCAUUGGAAGACCUGUAUUUGAGCGUCAGCAAGCACCGCUGCUCCUCUUUCCCC